CGCCUUAGCUCCACGCGUUCAGCCUUCAGCACCUUUUCAUCUUGCAUAUAACACUGUUACCGAUUAUUCUAGCGUGUCGCAAUCAACCGAGCCGACCGCAAUUGUCACUUGAUAUUUCAUUUUCUUUUUUAUUCUUUUUACUCUAUGGAAAGACGAUAAACAAUUAAGGCACAUUUACCAUCAUGCCAACAUUACUAGACUUGGGAAUCCUGGUGGAGGCCGAGGCAUUCGAUGACUUCGGCGGCUGGGUUCUCGACUCGCAAUUUGAGCUACAGAUGGGAUCCCCUUACCUCCUAGCCCACGGGAAUGGGCGGCCGGUCGCAGACGCCACAACCACCAUCUCCAUUCCGGACGGGGGCGAGUAUAAUGUCUGGGUUCGCACCAAGGACUGGGUCCCCUCGUACCAUCCGGGGAGGUUUAACCUCUUGGUGAACGGAAUUGCUCUUGACACAGAGUUCGGAGCCAACGACCGAGACUGGAACUGGCAGCCUGGAGGCAGCGUAACCCUAGCCACAGGCGCGACGAAGCUAGCGCUGCACGAUCUUACUGGGUUCUGUGGACGCUGUGAUGCCAUCUUCUUGAGCCGUGACGACAAAGCGCCCCCCGAGAAAGUGGACUCGGUAGAACGCGCAUGGCGGCGGCGCCUUCGUGGAAUACCGAGCGAACCGGAAAACGCAGGCAUAUUCGAUGUCGUCGUAGUAGGCGGCGGCGUGCCUGGGAUCGCUGCUGCCCUGACCGCAGCGAGACUUGGGGACCGCGUGGCUCUUGUCCAGGACCGCCCUUAUCUAGGCGGCAACGCCAGUGUAGAGAUCGGAUUGAGACCCCGCGGUGUGACCGGUCCGUUGGUUGAUGAGAUUUCAAAGCGUACCACCGACGGCGACCUCUACGCGAAGCAGCUGCUAGACCGGGAACCAAAUGCGACAGUCUUUCUGGAGCAUACCGUCUAUAGUACAGUCACCGCCGGUUCUUCCAUUGUGUCGGUAAAUGCCCGCCAUGCCCGCAGUGGACGAGAGAUCUCUCUCUCGGCACCAAUAUUCAUCGACUGCUCGGGCAAGGCCAUCCUUGGGCUCUACUCCGGCGCCGAGACGCUUUUCGGCCAGGAGUCGAAGGCCGAGUACAGAGAAAGCCUCGCCCCUGCGCAAGGGGAUAAUUCACAUCACGGAAACACGGUCUUUUUCCGCACUCGCAUGGCGGACUCGCCUGUUGCCUUCCCGUCCGUUCCAUGGGCUACCAAGGUAGCAAAGGAUUUCUCCAAUCUAGGGGGUCAACUGGAGAAGCCCGGCGUGGAAAACGCACCUGGCCCUCUCGUCGUCUCUCCCAGGCAGACCCCCGAUUCGGCAGUCCAGCCGCGAAUGAAAAUGCCACUCACUCACUUUUGGGAGUAUGGCCAGUCGCUUGAUCCCUAUACCCAGGCCGAGCAGAUUCGCGAUUACCUACUCCGUGCCAUUUACGGUACAUUCUCCAAUGUUAAGACAAUGGAACCGCAGACCUAUGCAAAUCUCGAGUUCGACUGGGUAGCAUAUGUCGCGGCACAGGGCGAGUUCCGUCGAUAUAAGGGCGACUAUAUUCUCACUGAAACGGAUAUUCGCGACCACAAAGCAUUUCCUGAUGCCGUGGUACAGAAUGGAGGAGCAUUCUGCCUACACUAUCCAGGCAAUGAAACUUAUGAUUUUCGACUCAAGUACUGGGAGUGGGACGAACGGGACGGGAAACCUUAUGACAUCCCGUUCCGCUGUCUCUAUUCUACCAACAUCUCGAAUCUGAUGAUGGCGGGGAAACAUAUAAGCGUCACACACAUCGCAGGCUCCAAUACCAAGUUUAUGGGCAACGGAGCACAGCACGCAAUUGCCACUGCCGCAGCGGCUCACCUGUGUAAAAAGUACAAGACGACACCCCAGGACGUCUGUGCGAAGCACAUGGCAGAGCUUCGGACCAUCUCGACAGCUGUAUCUGAGGCGAAGAUUGGUCGUUCACAUCUCAAGGCAAACUUGUAAUAACUAGAGCUACGGAAUUUCCUCUCGUCGCAUGGGUCCCGGGAUAGGGCAGUCUGGCUGGUGCAUAUUAACUUCUAAUCCACCGGAAUGAAAUCCACCCUCUUUCAA